AUGUCUCAUUUAACUUACACCAAUUAUGAGGGAUACGGACAAAGAGCCAAACAGGAUCUGUGGUAUAGCCAGGCUGUUAGAGUUGGAGAUGUUAUUGAAUGUUCCGGUCAAGGUGGAUGGGACCGCACAACUGAAGCCAUAAGCCCCGAUAUAGUUCUUCAGAUUGAACAAGCAUUUGACAAUGUCGAGCGCACACUCAGAGUAGCCGGUUCGAAGGGUUGGGAAGAUGUGUUUUCCAUUAGAUCAUAUCAUGUACCGGCGGAUGAAAAAUCGUUGGAGACAAUGGUCAGAUGCUUGAAAAAGUACUGUCCAGAUCAUCAGCCAGUUUGGACUUACCUUGGGAUUUCGAGACUCGCAAGGGAGGAUAUGAAGGUGGAAAUUGAGGUCAGGGCUCAUGUGCCCCAAGACAAGAAAGCGUGA